CUUAAUGUAUAUUUUUUAUUAUUACACAUUGUCAUGAUAUUCGGUCCCUCUUCUUACAUCCUCACUUCCUUUAUCUCCCGGAUUUUCCGUGUCCCUUCUGAAUAGGUACUAUAUUAUGUCUACCGCCGACACCCCUUCCACCGCCAAACUAAGUGCAGAUUAUGAUUACAUUAUCAUUGGAGGCGGAACAGCCGGGCUUGUACUUGCGUCGAGGUUAACCGAAGAAAAAGAUGUCUGCGUCUUGGUUCUUGAAGCUGGUGCGAAUCGCCUAAGAGAUCCGAAAAUCUUAAUUCAAGGUCUUGCCGCUGCGACAUAUUUUGAUCCAGAUUAUGAUUGGUGUAUUACUACAGAACCUCAAGUAGGACUUAACAACCGUAGGCUAGCACAGCCUUUAGGCAAAACUCUAGGUGGCUCAUCAGCUAUCAACCUAGGAAUGGUUAUAUACCCGUCUAAGUCAGGCUUUGACACAUGGGAAAGACUAGGAAAUCCAGGCUGGGGAUGGAAAACUAUGGAAAGUUACUUUCGCAAGUUCCAUACAUUCACAGAGCCUCAAGCGAAGCUCAAAGAAGAGUUCAUGCUUGAUUACUUGAAUGGUGUUCAUGGCACAGAUGGGCCUAUUCAAAUCUCUUACGGUAGCGAGCAAGGUUUCCCCCCCUUUUCCCAAGCCUGGCCCCGGGCAUGGUCCGCGCUAUGCAAGCCUAUUGACGGCGAUCCUAUCGCUGGUAUGUCUAUCGGGGCUUUCAACAACGCCGCCACGCUUCAUCCAACGACUAAAGAGAGGAGUCAUGCCGGAAAUGCGUACUUUUCAGACAGAGUCGCUCAACGACCAAACCUACGCGUCAUCACAGAAGCACUCGUCGAGAAAAUUCUCUUUGUUGAACAAACUGGCGGUCUCAACAAGCUUCGGGCCACCGGAGUCGAAUUCAUUGGGAAAGACGGCCGGAGACGGCAGGUCUCUGCCACGCGUGAGGUGAUUCUGGCGGCCGGGGCAGUCAAGUCGCCUCAACUGCUCGAGCUCUCAGGAAUUGGUAGGAAGGAUAUACUUCAAAAGUACGGGAUUGAUUGCCUUCUGGACAAUCCUAAUGUUGGUGAAAACUUCCAGGAUCAUGGUUUCGUACCAUUUUCCUGGGAGGUAGCAGAUCCGAUAACGUCAGGCGAUCAGAUGCGAAGCCCAAGAGUCAUUAAAGCGGCCAUGGAGGCUUAUCAGGAGGCCAGAGCAGGUCCCUUGUCUGGAAACGCACUCGCAUCGGCCUUUUUUCCACUCCAGGACGAAGGUCUUGCACCCGUAUCCGUAAGCCAGCUCCUUUCAGACCUCGACCAAGCAGAGGCAGAACCUAGAGUUCUCCGUGAGCAGAUCUGUACCCCUGAUGACUGCUCAGCCCAAUUUACUCUUGCACCAUUUCAGCUGAACCCUUUCCCGGGGGACAAUCCUUCCCAGAUCUUUGGCCUUGGUGCCGAAGGCUUCUACGUGUCUAUUGUAGCUGUCCUGAGCCACCCAUUCAGUCGCGGAUCAGUGCAUAUACAAUCAACUGAUCCACGCUCAUCACCCGUUGUCGAUCCGCGCGCUAUGUCUCACCCUCUAGACCUGGAGCUACAUGCGCGACACGUACUACUUCUCGAGAAGAUCCGUGAUACUCCACCACUAAGAGAGCUAUUUAAAGAGGGUGGGCGGCGUCUGCAUCACAGCGGGCAGAAGGUUGAGACAUUAGACCAAGCGAAGGAAGCGGUUAGGAAUGGAUACACACCACAUUACCAUGUAUGCGGAACGGCAGCCAUGAUGCCUCGAGAAACUGGUGGUGUGGUGGACUCGAGCCUAAGGGUGUAUGGAGUGGACGGCUUAAGAAUUGUCGAUGCGAGCGUGUUUCCACUAAUUCCGAGAGGGAAUAUUCAAAGCUCAGUCUACGCGGUUGCUGAGAAAGCUGCUGAUCUUAUUAGGUAUAAAUCAAGGCGCGCGUCGCUAUGACAAGCCAACGACGCAUCUGCGCUGCAUGUUUAGUGCUAUACUAAAUCAAUUUAUAGUCACGCAGGUACGCGUUUGGGUCAUGGCAAAUUGCGUAUGAAAAAGCUUACGUAGGUAGGUAGGUAGGUAAUCGGAAAGCGAAUUUCCUAGUAUAAAAACAAAAGCUAUGGUUUCACAUGUUGGGUACAUAAAUUCUAUUUGUAUAGUACGGCGGUAGGGUCGACCACCAAUAUAAAUACAUGCUCAAGGUCUUUUUGA